AUGUAUCAACAAACAAUGCGUAUGCAUGUCGGCAUAGCCUCUUUCUCUUGGAUAAAUGUUAAAUCAAUCGAGCAUGAUACGUAUAACCAUGAACAAAAACAAGAAUUUAUCAUAAAUCUAUUGAAGAGACCGAACAGAGAAAUAACAAGUGUAUAUGUGUUUAUACUAGCAAACAUCAAUGGAAUGGAUUUUUCAUUAGUAAAUUUGUUUAUUAUUCUUCUCAUUAUAUUAAUUGAUUAUUCAUCAUUUAUUAAUGCAUAUGAUUUUCAAUGUUUAACAUGUGACAAUUUUAUUGAUGGACCUGGUUGUGGAGAAUUUACACGAGAAAUACCUGUAAAAACAUGUAGAACAUAUUGUUAUUUUGCUGUUAUAUAUAAUCGUUCAUUAUCAUUAUCUAUAAAUCAACGUGAAAUAUCUUCGAAUACAUUAACAAGAGCUAUACGUGAUUGUUCACCUUAUGAAGAUAUGUCAAUUGAAGAAAAUUUAUUACUUGAAUCAAAAAUUGGUAGAUUAUCAUCAUCUAUUGAUAUAAUAACGCUUAAACGUUGCAACAGUGAACAAUGUAACAAUGAGUUUUAUAUAAAACCUGAUGAAUUUCUUUUCGGUAGAUGUUCAUCAUAUCGGCAAAUAUCAUUUCCAGUUUUGAUUUUUCCUUUUGUGAUUAUUUUUUAUUAA